CCUUUGUGAGCUCAGAAGCAAAGGUUUAAAGUGUCUGAGCAUCCGGUUCCCACCACCAGGGCCCAGGCCAUUCCGCCCUUGCAGCCACAUUGCCAGCACGUGACCGGAAACCCAGCAGCUUCUGAUCUCUUUCCAGUUGCUUCAGCAGCAGCCCCAGGCUGAGAUGGCUGCAGCACCUCUCCACUCCUGCCCUGGGCGCCCUGGACUCUGCUUCUUCCAUGUCCUCCUGGGCUUCUGGUGCAGUAAGUGCCCUGAAAGGGGCCUGGACCCCUUCCUUCAUCAGAGCCCCAUUUCCCUCCAUAUUUCAUUAGGUCCUCCCUUGACCUAAUUCUUCCAGAGUCUCCUGGGCUCCACUCUAGGAUCCCCAGUUGAUGUCGCCUUUUUCUUUCUCUUUCUUCAGCAUUUGUGGGCAGUGGCUCUGCCCUGACAGUGAUCCAGACUCCAAGCUUUGUCAGUGUCUCAACCAGGGACCCUACUGAUAUUUCCUUCAGUUGCUCUAUGGAUGAUACAAGCUACAACAUUUUUUUGUAUCACCAAUUGCCUGGGAAGACAGAACUGAAAGUCCUCGGGUACCUCCCCACUGGUAGUACAACACUUGAUGAUAUUCCAGAUGAAUUGAAGAAUCGACUGAAAGGACAAGCAUCAAAGAGCACAAAUCCACCUAAGAGGGGAUUUCGUUUAGAACUGUUAAAUCCUCAGCUGCUGCAGUAGGAGUCCCAGGCUCAGAUGGCUGCACCACUUCUUCACUCCUACUCUGGGCUCCCUGGACCCCUCUUCUUCCAUGCCCUCCUGGCCUUCUGGUGCACAUUUGUGGGCAGUGGCUCUGCCCUGACAGUGAUCCAGACUCCAAGCUUUGUCAAUGUCUCAACCACGGACCCUACUGGUAUUUCCUUCAGUUGCUCUGUGGAUGAUACAAGCUACAGGAUAUUUUUGUAUCGCCAACUGCCUGGGAAGACAGAACUGAAAGUCCUCGGGUACCUCCCCACUGGUAGUAGUACAACACUUGAUGAUAUUCCAGAUGAAUUGAAGGAUCGACUGAAAGGACAAGGAUCAACAAGUACAAAUCCACCAUUUGUGGGCAGUGGCUCUGCCUUGACAGUGAUCCAGACUCCAAGCUUUGUCAGUGUCUCAACCAGGGACCCUACUGGUAUUUCCUUCAGCUGUUCUGUGGAUGAAACAACCUACUAUAUUUAUUUGUAUCGCCAAUUACCUGGGAAGACAGAACUGAAAGUCCUUGGUUACCUCCCCACUGGUACUACAACACUUGAGGAUAUUCCAGAUGAAUUGAAGGAUCGACUGAAAGGACAAGGAUCAACGAGUACAAAUCCACGUAAGAGGGAAUUGCGUGUAGAACUGUUAAAUCCUCAGGCGAGUGACACAGGCUUCUAUCUCUGUGCUGUAGUUACACGGUGAAAGAGAGAGGAAUAAUGGCAGGUGCAAAACUGAGUAUCAGGAACAAAUCUGCCUUUUAGUCUUUUCUGUUCAUAUCUGUUUUUUAUCUGACAUCCAUGGGUAACCCUGUUCUACAUCCUAAUGGUCUCCUAUUUAAAACAGACCUUGAUUAAUUUGUCCCUUUCACAUUCCCAGAAAUGGCAUUUUUACAGGGGCUGUGAGGUGAGCCAUUUGAUCUAAUAAAUUAAAAAAAAACACAAGAAAAAUCCCUGCACGAUGAGGGCCAGGCUGUUGUAGGCCAGCAUUUCACUUCUCUGGCCAGCCAGACUUCUCCAGGCAGCUGGCAAAGAGAAGAUGGAUAUAGUUCUUUUCCUAUAACUGAAACUUGAAGACUUGGUGCCCCUAACCUAGAGGUAACAUUGCUUUACAAAGGACAAUAGAGUCUGUCUGGUAAAAUGGUUGAGAGGUCUGAUUAAAACCAGAAAAAGGCAACCCUUUUUGUACUGUCACCAAGAAAAGUGUAUAGAAAUGGGCAAAAAAAAUAAGAUGAAUUGGGAUGAAAGACAAUGGGACCACGCCCUUUCCCCCAGUUCAUUUUGGGGAAUAUAAAUUAUUUUCACUGUACAUUGAUUUAUAUAUAAGUUGGGAGCAUUCCUAUUUACUGUGGCACAACAUUAUCUUUCACAAGGGGUUAUGGGUGAUCUAGUCCCAUCAAAGCCACAAAGAAAUAUUGUAAGCAUUAAAAGACAUUUAGAGUUCACAGGUGAAAAGCGAUGCACUUCUGACAAAAACUGUCAAAAAGUUCUGUACUUUGAAAUCUGAAAUAAUUGCUGAAAAUAAGCACAGAUACACAAGGGUAUCCACAAAUGGGAGCCAGCAGUCUCAAAAUGUUAGAUGCAAACCAGCAAUUGAAAUCCUUUCCCCUUUUUAUGUGCAUAUUCUGCACGUAUCAAAAAGAGAAGCAGCUUCAAUUUCUCAAAGUUAUCUACUUUUUUGAUGGUGCUCUCCUUCACACAACAGGAGUCUGGUUUUGAGGAGUCCUAGAAAGGAACAAACAUUAGGACUUUCCUAUAUAGGCUAAAAUCUCUCUGACCCUCCAAACUCUUCUGAGAUUUUGCAGCCAUCACUUGUACAUCUCCAACCUUAUUUAGCCUUAAGAACUAGAAACAUAGUUACUGAUAGGCAAAAAUGCUCCAGGAUAAGGGCAUUUAGAGCUGCAUUCAAAGUCAAUUGAAAUCAGCCAAUGGCUUUUGGCUGCGUAUAUAGAGCCAUCACUUUUGAAGAAACAACUGAAAGUAUGAAUGACUUUGCCCUUAAAAGUAUUUAUACCAAGCCAGCAGGUGCAGCAAACCAGCCCCUUUCCGGCAGCUUCUAUUU